AAUAGUGUGGAGCCACCAGCAGAAGGAGUAACCAGAUGGUUUAAAUGUGUGUGUAAUUGUGAGAGUAGACAGCUGUGUGGGUCGUCAUGGCAGGAGCCACAAUCAUAUUAACUUUCAUUGGAUCUUUACUUCUUUGUGUCACCUCAGUGCCAGUUAAGAAGUCCCGGGAUGUUGACAUCUACAGCUUCCACAUCAAUUCUACGGUAAACAGCCGCUACGCCGUCACGACCAUUACGAGCCGUGUGGCGAACCGCCUCAAUGAGUCCAAAGAGGUUCAUUUCCAGGUCAAGAUACCAAAAAAUGCUUUCAUCACCAAAUUCAGGAUGAUCAUCGAGGGAAAGACGUAUGACGGAGUUGUAAAGCAAAAAGAAGCAGCGCAGCAGCAGUACAGUCAAGCCGUAUCACGAGGAGAAAGCGCCGGGAUCGUCAGCUCGGUAGGACGGACGCUGGAGGAGUUUAAAACCUCUGUGACGGUGGCGGCUCUCAGUAAGGUGACCUUUCAUUUCACCUACGAAGAGUUGCUAAAGCGACGGCUUGGCAAAUACAAGUUACAAAUCAAUGCCCAACCGAUGCAGCCUGUGGCAGAUUUCAAGGUUGAUGUCUACAUUACUGAGCGGUCAGGGAUUUCCUUCCUGGAGGUAAACGGAGGACUGAAAACACAAGAGAUGUCCAGUGCUGUAAUCACUACUCUGUCUGCGUCUACCAAAGAGGCUUGGGUGAACUUUUAUCCCACUCGUGAGCAACAGACCAACUGUGAAGGCUGUGGAGAAAAUGGACUAAAUGGAGACCUGUUCAUAGAGUAUGAUGUGAAGAGACCUAAUCAGAACGGAGAACUGCAGGCACUGAACAGCUAUUUCGUCCACUACUUUGCACCUACAGAUGUUCAGAAAAUCCCCAAAAAUGUGGUGUUUCUCAUCGACCAAAGCGGCUCCAUGCAGGGCACAAAAAUUCAUCAGACUCGUCUGGCGAUGCUGAAGAUUUUGGGAGAUCUGGCUGAAGACGACUACUUCGGCCUGAUCACCUUUGACAGUAUUGUACAUGUCUGGAACCCUGAACUCCUCCAAGCUAAAGAAGAAAAUCUGGAGAAGGCAAAGUCCUUUGUGAAGGCAAUUCAAGCUCGGGGAGGCACAAACAUCAACCAAGUCGUGCUAAAUGGGGUGGAAAUGAUAAAAAGCCACCCGCGACAGGGUUCUGCCUCAAUCGUCAUCCUGCUGACUGACGGAGACCCCACUUCAGGUGAAACAAACACAGAAAGAAUUCAGGCCAAUGUCAAAAAGGCCAUUGAUGGUAAAUUUCCACUUUACUGUUUGGGGUUUGGAUUUGACGUGAACUUUGACUUCUUGGAGAAAAUGGCGCAGGAAAAUGACGGAGUCGCACGCAGGAUCUACGAGGACUCGGAUGCUGACCUCCAGCUGCAGGGUUUCUAUGAGGAAGUGGCCACGCCGCUCUUAACUGAUGUCCAACUGAAAUACCCCGGAGCUGCAAAUCUCACCCAGACCAGCUUCAGGCAGUAUUAUAACGGCUCAGAGAUCGUGGUGGCUGGACAAAUCACAGACAACAGCCUGGAAACUUUACAAACCGAAGUCAUCGCAAUCUCAAAAAACACAAAUGUAACGUACCAGGACUCCACGUCGGCAAAAGACCUCAUUGAUGUUUUACCGCAACAUGAAAACUUCAUCCAGAGACUGUGGGCUCAUCUUACAGUGAAACAGCUCCUGGAGAAAGAAGUGGCCCUCACAGGACAGGAGAAAGAAGCAGCCAAGAAAAAAGCUCUGGAUCUUUCUCUGAAAUAUGAAUUUGUGACUCCGCUCACCUCCAUGGUGGUCACUAAGCCACAGGAAGAGGAGACUCAAGUCGCCCACAAACCAAAGGAAGGUGCAGAGACACCAACAACUAAUCACAGAGUGAUGCAAUAUUCGCCUCCAUUACCACGUGGCCCAAUUCCAUUGCCUCCACAAGGAAUCCCAGAUCAAAGAAGACCCCCACUUCUACACUCAUUCUCAGGACAAGGACUACCAGGACAAUCAGGACACCCAAAUCGACACAGACGCCCAAGUCUACGCAUACACUCAGGACAAGGAUUACCAAAACAAACAGGACAAACAGAAUAUAUACUUUCACGCCUGUUGCAUGACUAUGACAGCCCAGUAUUAGACUAUGACAGCCCAGUAUUAUUGGAUAGGAGCCCUUUGUUACCAGAACAUCCCAUGCCAACAAUCACGAGCCAAAAUAAACCUCCGCCCACUACUACCCCUGCAGUGAGUGUUGUGAGGUUCUUACUUUCUGCUCAGCCUAAACAGAUCUGCUACGACACGCCUGUAGGACACAAACUCAGACUCUUUCUGGACGGCUCAUCAGAUAUCUCUAUAAAUGGGCAACUCUCAGAAAAAGGCUUUACGCUAGUUGCUAUUCAUUAUAAAACAGCAAAGCUUCUUGUGAGUCCUAAUGAAAGUGUCUACUCUGAAGGAGAGAACAGUGUGAAGUUUGUGUGGGGGCAGCCAGAGCCCAGCAGUCAUGAGUCACAGAACAUGGCAAUAUUUCAAAGGACCAACGAGAUAGACGUCACCAUGGGAACUGUGCGCGUCGUUGUCCUCAUUCAUAAGAACAUUGGAGAUGUUUUUCUGUGGCCUGUUGUUCAUAAACAAGGAAAAGAUUCUAACUUUAGAGGCAUUCUGGGAAAAAACGAUCUUCAGUAUGAAGAGCUCCAAGGAUCAAAGCUGAAAAUCAAUGACCAGGAAGUUGAUGCAACGCUGAGCUCUGCCAAAGACUACAGAUUUGCUGCUGCCCCUAGUGUGGAAUGUUGGCUUGUACCAUUCCAGUCUGCCCUCCAGGGGGAGCUCUCUGACUUCACUGUCUCACAGCUGUAGAAACUCCAUCUGAAAUCUGGGAAUCUUAUUUUCAGCUGAAUGCUGGUUUACUGCUAAAUACAGUGAAUUUAGCCUAAAACAAAUCAUCUGUCAGAGUACAGAAAAUAAUUAUUAUUGUUAGAUAAGAUGAGAGAUAAGAUGCCCAAAAUACUGACCCCUGUGUAGUUCAUUCCAAAGACCUGUUUAAUUUAGAUGGAGGAAACUAAAAAUAAAUGAAAUAGCCUUGUAGCUAUUAUACUUUUAUUCUUAGUCAGACUUCAGCGAAACUCUCUGAAAAACAGACACAAACAUUCUUUAUUAAAAAUAGCAAAUGAA